UCGCUGUCGAGCAGGUUCAGUGUCUUACGUGGAUUUGGUACGACGAUCUUACGACGAUAUAGUUAUUAUUGUAUUAGUACCCCCGAGCGGCAAUCGCCGGUCAGUGUCGUGCCAUCGUUUUAUUAAAAAAAAAAACAUUUUUUAUGACUAUUUUUGUUGUUGUUUGUUGACUGUGGUUAUGAACUUUAUUAAUUGCGUACUGUUAAAGGAUUAUUAAGAAUGGAUGGCUUUAAUAUAUUCAACAUAACCUAACAAAAAAAAACGACAUGCCGGAAAAGCAAGACGGCACUGGAUGCGGCCUAACCACGGGCCCAUCCUUAAUGCCCUUUCCAGGAGGCGCAUUCGCCGCCUUUCAUCCCGGGCCACCCGCGCCACCGCCUCCGGAUCGUUUUGCACCUUGGCCGACCCAACCUCAUCAGGGAUUUCAUCCUCCACCAAGUGUUGGUGCGAGUCCAGGAAGUAGCAUACUACUUAGUAGGGAGUUGCACCCUGCUUACAGACUGCCCCCUCAUAUGGAGUAUCUUUACUCUUUGCAACAUUCCACUGCUAAUUCUAUUCAUAGUCUGGGACUAAGCGCCGAGUACCUGAACGCUAGAGGACUUACUGAACUGCAUCCCUCUUCCACCCUGGCCAGUAGUGAGUUUCCUUUCGGCCUAGAUGUUUCAGGUUCAAGACUGUGCUCACCGCGACUGGCAAGAGCCUCACGCAAAAGAGCUUUAUCAGCCUCACCUUACUCCGACCUGGAUCUCACCUCUGUUAUUAGAUUUUCUCCCUCCUCACUUGCCUCACAGUUAGCUGCUGGCAGUCGGAGUUCUUCAGUAUGUAGCGGAAGUCUGGGACAUUUAUCUGCUGCAAACUUUUUUUCAACAGGUGCCAUAAGUCCCGCCCUACACCCCGCUUUACUCUUACGUGGUCCCGGGGCGCCGCCCCUGCUUCAUCCCCACUCACAUACGCCUACGUUUGGACUACACGGGACGCAGCAUCUACCGCCUCACGCCCAACCAUGUGCUCCUCUCCCGAAGACUGAUAACUAUAGUGAGAGAAUCAAAGCAGAUCAACACCAUCAGCAUAUAGAUAUAGAAGGUAGAAGAAAUAGUAGAGUGAAAAAGGAACCCAUUAAUAAUAAUGCGGCAGAUGGUAGCGGAGAACAGGGUGAUCUCAGAGAUGAGCCUGGAGACUUUAUUGAAACAAAUUGUCAUUGGAAAGACUGCAGCACGGAAUUUAAUACUCAGGAUGAGCUAGUCAAACAUAUUAAUAAUGACCAUAUACAUGCAAAUAAAAAAUCAUUCGUAUGCCGAUGGGAUGGUUGUUCGCGAGCAGAGAAACCAUUUAAGGCCCAGUAUAUGUUAGUGGUGCAUAUGCGAAGGCAUACCGGAGAAAAACCUCAUAAAUGCACGUUUGAAGGAUGCGUAAAGGCCUACUCAAGACUUGAGAAUUUGAAGACACACUUAAGAUCUCAUACUGGAGAGAAGCCAUAUACUUGUGAGUAUCCCGGCUGUUCUAAGGCAUUUAGUAAUGCGUCUGAUCGGGCUAAACAUCAAAAUAGGACUCAUAGCAAUGAAAAACCUUACGUUUGCAAAGCUCCAGGUUGCACAAAACGCUACACUGACCCUUCUUCGCUACGCAAACACGUUAAAACGGUCCAUGGUGCAGAGUUUUAUGCCAGUAAAAAGCACAAAGGCAGUGGAGAUGAUGGAUCUAGUGGAGGAACAGGCGGCCGUCUCGACGCCUCACCAAGAAGUGAUGAUGGUGCCAAGACGACGAGUCUGAGUAGCCCAAGUGUCAAAAGUGAAUCGGAUGUCCAUUCACCACAAGCGCAGGACAGUCCCAUUGGUGGACAGGAUAUGGAUACUUUGCGCCUUCAAACACCUGGAGCAGUUGAUACUCUCGAGGAUUGGACAGCUGAAGCAGAAGAUCUAGAGUUAGAAGAACUUCCGGUUGUCCUUCGUGCUUUAGUAGGAGGUGGCGCCGCGCCUACUGCUGGAAUAGGUCCACCUAGAUUGAGAAAACCUGUUGGUAGGCCUCGAAACCCUGGCCUAACCUCUCACCGUAAAAUUGCUGAUCUAAAUACAAGGAUAACGAACUUACGAAUGGACCCCUGUAAUCCUCAACCACCUCAAACAAAGCCUCAACUAACUGAGCUGCAGCAACGUCUUCAACCACCAGUUACUCAACAACAGGUUCAGGUGAGAAGGGACAGUAGUUCCACUGUCAGCAGUUACUAUGGUAGUAUGCGCAGUGCUGACAUGAGCAGAAAAAGUAGCUUAGCAUCACAGGUAUCAAAUCUACGCCAAGGAGGUCCAGGUUCAUUUUAUGAUCCAAUUUCAGCCGGUAGUUCCCGACGGUCUAGUCAGUUGUCAACGGCUACUACAGGAGGUCAGUGUUUAAUACCACCUCCAUCUUCCCACCUUCUUGCAGGGCAACUGCAGAGGUUGCAAAGUCAAAACCAGGCUUCUCCCAGUAAUUUAGUUUUACAGACUCAAUCAAGAAAUCUUCAACAACUGCCUUCAAAUCAGGGGCUACCAUGGGCUUCCACGACAAGCUCAGAAGCGCGACGUGCCUCAGAACCAAGUAAACCUGGUAUAGAUCCAAGAAGUCCACCCCCCAGACCUAUAUCACUCAGUCCACCACCGCUUAGACGAGUUCAGAGUUCAACUGAGCUACAUCCAAACCAGGCAGUUCAACUAGAUGAAGUGGCUGAAGGUGAGAUGGUUGAAAACAAGCUGGUCCUUCCGGAUGAGGUGCUAUUGUAUUUAAAUCAGGUUGCCGAUCAACAAGGUCCUAACUGGACAGAUCCGGUAUCAGAACCACUCCCUAGUCCAUCAGCAACAGUGGUCCCAUCUCCACAAGCCACUUUUAAACCACUUUCACCUACAACGAAUCCAAUUACCCAAUUGCUUUCACCGCAAAGUCAAGUGACCAUGUCUCCACGUCCUUACCAGCCUAUGGCAUCUCCAGGAUACCAACCGAUACCUUCUCCAGGAACUGCUCAGCAAAUGAUGUCCUCACCAGUAAGUGUGCAAAAAGUAAUGACUUGUGCUCAGCAGGGGUUGCCUCAAGUUAGUCCAGUACCAACUAAUGGAAACUUAGGAGCAAACAUGAUGCCUUCUGGUGUCCCUACACAGCAAGUUUUGGGGGCGUCACCUGCUCAUGCGGCCAACUAUCAGAUAAUGCAAUCUCCUGGCCCAAUCUACACUGAUGUGCCAUACAAUGCGUUAUCUCCAGCCACAGGCAAUAUGGGAUCACCAACUUCGAAUUACAGUCAAAUGGUGGGAUCACCUAUGUCAGCGAGGUGCCCUCCUAAUCACAUGAUGUCACCUCCGCACGUUGGCUCUGCUUCUGUGAGCCAGCAACAUUGCCAAGGAAUUAUGAACCAACAACCCAAUAGCCAUAUGGGUCAUAUGAAUAAUCCCUGUCAUCAACAUAGUUGCAGUCAUCAAAUGAUGACCCAGAGUAUGCAAAGAGCAGCUUCUUGUUACAACAGUCAAAAUAAUAACAGGCAUAUGCCCAAUCAACCAAAAUGUUACCAACAACCGGCUCAACAUUGGUGCAACAAUAACAAUAAUGGUAUGUCAAUGUCACAAUCUCAGAACAUGUGCAACGGGCAACAUCAUGUGUAUGCGCCUAUUCAGUGCAGUCAAAAUCCUAUGCAGAUGAGCUAUAAUUGUGCUGGUGACUACAGCCAGCAAUACAUUGGCCGACAGCAACCUAAUCAAAAUGCGACCACUUAUCAACAGGCUCAAAAUGCUCUUCCCUCACCAGCAGCUGGUGCUCCAGCUCCCUCAACUUACAACGAAGCUCCGCCCAUGCGUCCCGAUACAUACCAACGCACUUUGGAGUAUGUCCAGUCCUGCCAAAGCUGGAAUGCUUCGAGUGAACCCAACCACAAUCCCAAUAUGGUAGUGGGAGAUAUGACGACAUCGCUUAGUUCUUUAUUGGAAGAGAAUAGAUAUCUUCAAAUGAUUCAAUAAAGUUUUUCAGUAGAUGCAUAAACAUUUUUUUAGUAUUUAAGUUUGUUUAUUUUGUAUAUACUUGUAUUUGUUUUUUAAUUAUUGUCAAAAGUUUAAGAUAAUUUUAUGGUAGGGUUUUGACGGCAUUUUAUGCUCUGUAUAUUGUGAUAUUUAUUUUUUGUUUGCAUAUAUUUAUAUGUAGCAAUAUAUCUCUAAAUAGCUUUAACAGUGUCUUAAUGUAAAUAGUACAUAAGCAUAAUUUUUGAUACAAUCAAAACUUGUAUAAAAUUUAUUGAAUGAUACGGAAAUAAAUAAUAGAUUUUUAUUUGUAA